AUGUCAUCAAAUGCCGAUCGUGGAUUGUCACAUCGAGGUGUCCUUCACGAAUAUGCUCCUAGACUUGUGGCAUUUGAGUUCACCCCACCCGCAGAGGGUGUCAAUAAGAUCAACAGUCUGAUUUUCGUGGGUGGACUGACAGAUGGAUUCUGCACUGUCCCCUACGUAUCCAAACUAGCCGAGGCCCUUGAAAGCAGCGAAUGGUCGGUCUUUUCCGUUCUGCUCUCGUCCUCUUAUGGCGGAUGGGGAGUUGGAAGCCUCGAUCGCGAUGUAGAAGAACUCGGUCAGUGUGUUCGUUUUGUUCGCGAUCUGAAGGCGUCACGUCAACCCGGCGCACCGACAAAGGGUGGAAAGAUUGUCAUCAUGGGCCACUCGACUGGUAGUCAGGACGUGCUCCAUUACCUUUACUCGCCGAACCCCGUGCCCAAGAAGGAAUUUGAUCUUGGACUGAACCAUAUGGUUCGCCCCGAACUUGAUGGUGCUAUCCUUCAAGCGCCUGUAUCUGAUAGGGAGGGCUUGCAGGCUAUCAUCGACUCCUCUGAUCAGGCCGACGAGAUUAAAAAUGUUUACGGCGAGCUUGUGGAUUUUGCCAAGAAGAAGCCAUACACAGAGGCCAAUAACGAUACUAUCCUCCCGAUGAACCUGACUGCCAAGCUAUCUUACCCUCCCGAUACGCCUUUAAGUGCCCGGAGAUUCUUGAGCCUAGUCAGCCCUGAAAGCCCUGACAACCCAUCCGAUGAUGAUCUAUUUAGCUCUGACUUGAGCGAUCAGCGUUUGCAGGAAACAUUUGGUAUGAUAGGCAGCCGGGGAAUGGUUGCAUCAAAGAUCUUGUUUUUGUAUUCCGGAGAAGACGAGUAUGCGCCACAUUGGGUGGACAAGCUCAAGUUGCUGAAAAGGUGGCAACAAGCCAUAGAAGCGGGAGGUGCCGAAUGGGAUGCGGGCAAUAGCGGGGUUAUCACUGGAGCAAGCCACAAUGUCAAGGAUGAAGGCCAGCAGGACUUGAUUGCUCGAGUUCUAAAAUACCUUCACAGUCUCUGA